UCACCUCCACCCCCAUCACCAUCUCCCCCACCAACCUACUAUUAGUAUUCAAAUCCUUCUCUUGAAUCAUUUUCCACCAUCUUCACCCCAUCACCAUCUCCCCCACCAACCUACUAUUAGUAUUCAAAUCCUUCUCUUGAAUCAUUUUCCACCAUCUUCAUGAUUUAUUAACUCCUUUUCAUCCUCCAUCAGAGUAUUACCGUUUCCUUUUCCAAAAUUUUAUGUAUGCUUCCCAAAAUGAUCGGCUUGCAUGCUGUGUGUUCUUUUGUUCUAAUAAUUCGUGAUAUUUAUCAUUUGAGAUUUCCAUUAUUUUGGCUUAUUGUAUCAAGAUUCUAUUUUGGUGUAAUUUAUCAAGAAUUCUAAUUUGCUCAAAUAUUAUCUUCUUUUUGUCUAAUAUUUCUCUAGAGCAUUUUCUUCUCAAGUAUUGUUUAACAUGGGAAAAAAAAAAGAGUGAGGAAAGGUGCAAGAUAUAGUCAUGGAUCGAUGCUUCAACACAAAUUCCUUUUUGACUUACUGGCUACUGCUGUGAAUAUGGAUUAUAAUUGUACUUAUCAGUUUUUAAGAAAAUAAAAUUAUAUAAACUAACCAGAAGAAUAAAGGAAUGAAGAUAGUUUUACUUUAGACAUAAAUAUUCUUUUUCUAAAAAGCUUCAUCCAUUGGAAAUAUUUCAAAAGAUAUAAAACUAAAUUAAAACACCUUAUUAAAAUACAGCAUUUACCGUGAAAAUUAUUUUUAGGAAAAGAACCACCGGUGCCGGUAGCUGCUCCCCCGCUUGCUAUGUCAGUGACUCCCUUCUUAUUGCUCCUAUGUAUCUUUCAGUCUGUAGGUUCUUUCCCUUUCCUUUCCUACUCUUUCACAGUUUUCCGAGCUAUUUCAAUCAUUGUAAUCGUUCGUUCGGUUUCGAGCUUAUUCCAAAAUUUGACUUUUCCCCUGCAUUUGCAUGUUAGUGUUGAUGUACUCGCUCCAUUUUAUUUUGUUUGUUUUAGUUUCGACUUCACAGAGUUUAACAAAGUAAAAGAGACUUUUGAAUUUGUAGCCUUAAACUAAAGAUAGUUAUGAUGUAUUAAAAUGUCCUCUAGUCUUGAAAUUGAGAUAUUUUUUCUGGAUGGACUAAAAUUGAAAGUAAGUCAAACAAAUUGAAACGGAUGAAGUAUAUAUAUCUAAAACCGUACAGAUUUGUUAUCAAGCUAGUAAAGGGGUAAAGGUAACAGCUUUAAGUAUUUUAAGUUGAUGUGAUUUUUAGGAUUUUAAAUACUUAUACAUUUCCCAUUGAUAGAUUCUUAGGCUUGGAGUAAUUUGUUAAGGCAUAAAAUAUUUUGCUUGAAAAGCCUAGGUUCCAUUACCCUGCCAAUAGUCUCCGUUAGUUGUCAUUGUUUGAUGUUCAGAGUUAGUCCUCUUUAGGGACUGUGGCAUACGUUGUCCUGAUUUAGGUUAUAACAAUUAUCUUCAAGGCCAGUAGUUGGUCGCCUAUAUGAGUCCUGAUUCACCAUUUCGCGCUCUAUAUUUGUUUUUCAUUCCAAUACUUAAUAAUUUGUCUUUUAGGAAGAAUGAUGGGUUCUCCACCAUUAAGGAUUCUUUAAUUUUCAUACUUAUCCCUACUCUGCCAUAUACUUCCUCCCAAAACAAAGAAGACUCAUGUCAACACCGGCCUAACGUAAGUGUACCAAGAUGUAUUUAGCUAAGUGCGAAACAGGUUUCGUGCUUUGCCUCGGCUAAGUGGCUUCAGUGCACACAACUAUAUGGAUAUUAGGCUUGUGUUAUGUUCUUCACUAAAUCCAUAUGAACUCCAAGAUAUUGUAGAAUCUUUAAGGGAACUUUCCGCCAUAUGAUUUUUGUUCUAUCUUAUUCCUCCUUAACACAUUCAGUUUUCAUGUUGUGUACAUCUGCAGUCGCUUUCCACUUAGGAGUAGGACAUAGAUCAAACCAACUACUUCUACUAUAGCAUGCCAUUUUUUCUUUUUCUUUUUUCCUCUAUCCGUGUGCACAUCCUACCUGAUGUGGUUACUUCUAAUCUUGUAUUUGUACAUGUAAAAGAACAAAAUAUUAUCCUAAAGGUCUAGCUACAGGCUAUUAAUGCUUUUUUUUUUUUUUGAAUAAGCAAUUCAUAUGCUAAUUUUAGAAGAGACUCGUAGGAAUUUGCUUUUUUUCUCCGAAAAGGGUGAUCAUGGGGAGCAUCAUUCAAGAAGUCCUGCAGAGAACACUUCAGCAAGGUGUUUGGCAUAGCACUAUGCUCCACUUCUCUUGCCUGGUUUUUAUCUGGUCGAGAGAAUGCGAGGGGUUACUGCCUCAUUCGUUAAUUUAAAACACAUCUGACCAAGUAGUGUGAAAUUUUAGUUUUUAUGAGGCGAAGUGAAAAAGAUCAAGAAGUUGGUUACCCAAAUAAAAUUCUGCAAUCAAAGUCACUUAAACUUAUCAGAUAACAGUAAAAUAUUAUUAUCCAACUAGGUUUCUUGUUGUAUUAAUCAGAAAAGAGUUAUCUGAAGCCAAACAAAACUGGCAAUAUGUGUAGCAUUUCUUAGAUUUUUACACAUUUUAGCAAAUUUAUAACAUAAACAUUUUGUAAUAAUUUUCAGAAUUUCUGUGUUUUCUGGUAGCUUUGACGUGAUCUUAUAUAGAGAGAGGAGCCCAGUGCUGAUAGCUGUUGCAUUUUUGUUCAAACUCUAGAUUAUAAGCCAAGUUACAGAUUCUGGCUUUGAGAAAACGACAAAGAAAAGGCCCUCAUUUCUUUUUUCUGUUUAUUGUUAUGAAAUAGUCAAUCUUUAACUACUUUCUGGUGUAUAUAUAUAUCCUCUUUAUUUUUAUUUUCAAUAUUGUAUUCAAAUUAUCAUUUCUCAGCAGAUAAUGCCUCCCACUUAGUACUGAUUAAAGUCUUUAUUUGGGCAUUGCUCUAAGUUUAGUGGGCAAGUGGGCAACUAAGAAGCUAUUACAUUAAUGUUGAGAAGGAUUUCACCUUGCUCUAUAAAAACCAGAGCUCCCUACUCAGCUAUGCAACACAGAGUCUUAGUUCUAUCCUUCACUUCUCUAAGUAUAUAGUAAUUUGUUCCAAGCAAAAUGAAAAACUUAGGAAAGUUGGGCCAAUGGUCCUUUCUGACACCUGCUUUGGCAAUUUGCAUAGUAGUCAGCACCGUUGUUGCUGAUUACUCUUAUGAGUAUACUUCUCCCUCACCUUCACACAACCCUAACAAAUACUACAAAUCACCAUAUCCAUCCAAGUAUCACGUACCCACCCCUUAUUACAAGAAGCCUUCUCCAUCACACUACUACUACAAAUCACCAGCACCUUCAAAGCACGCCAAUUACAAGUCACCAUCACCAGUAAAAUAUUACAAAUCACACUUCCCAGCAAAAUAUUACAAGUCGCCCAUUGUAACAAAGUACUAUAAGCCACGUGCUCCUUCAAAACAUUACUACAAAGCUCAUGUUCCUUCAAAGCAUUACUACAAUUAUCCAUCUCCUUCAAAGCAUUAUUAUAAGUCACCGGUUGCAACAAAGUAUUACAAGUCACCUACACCUUCAAAGUAUUACUACAAGUCACCUACUCCUUCAAAGAACUACCACAAGUCCCCAUCACCAGCAAAGUACUACAAGUCUCCGUCACCCACAAAGUACUACAAGUCACCUACUCCGUCAACACACUAUUACUACAAGUCACCAUCCCCAACAAAAUAUUCCAAAUCACCUGCUCCAUCUAAAUACUACAAGUCACCUUCACCAACGAAAUAUUACAAGUCACCAAUUUACUACAAGUCUCCACCACCACCACCAACU